UCACGUGAGUGCCGAGUCACCUGACGAGGAGGAAGGCGAAGGCUGGUCCGGGCGCUUCGGUGCCCUGGAGGCCGGCCAUGCUGUCCCGCUUGCUGCGGGAGCACCAGGCCAAGCAGAGCGAGAGGAAGGAGCUGCAAGAACGGCGGCGGCGAGAAGCCAUUGCUGCAGCAACUUGUUUAACAGAAGCCCUGGUUGAUCAUCUGAAUGUUGGGGUGGCACAGGCCUAUGUGAACCAAAGGAAGCUGGACCAUGAGGUGAAGACACUGCAGAUCCAAGCUGCUCAGUUUGCCAAGCAAACAGGCCAGUGGAUCAGCAUGGUAGAAAACUUCAAUCAGGCUCUGAAGGAAAUUGGUGAUGUGGAGAACUGGGCGCGGAGCAUCGAGAUGGAUAUGCGGACCAUUGCCACUGCCCUGGAAUACGUUUACAAAGGGCAGCUGCCAUCUUCCACCUCCUGAUGCAGAGGCCGGGCUCUCAGUCUUGGUCACCGGAAUUGCUUGGAUUCCUUCUCUCGUUCCAUGUUGCCAACUGAAGGCAGUCCAGUGGCAGUUUCCUUGCCUGCAGCCUCUUCCUAUACUUCGGUGACUGUUCUUCUGCAGCACUGAGUAGGCUCUCCCUCCACUCCCCGGCCUGUCUAGAUGGUGUAAGAGGUGCUACUGGGCCUUUCGCUUUGACUUGUGCUUUUGCUGAGUAUCUGUGGGCAGCCUCUAGCUGGGAGGAAUCAUGAAACAGACUGGCAUGGGAGUGCACACAGCCCACAAUGAAAGGAAAAGAAGCCAUGCUUUUUCCAUACAAGCUGGAUUGGUCUGUGCUAUGAAGUUAGAAAAAAUGAAAUAAAAACAGGUGGCUUAACUACA